AUGAUAGGCGAUAACGCCGGAGCUCUUGGGACACUCGACGUAGAGAUGUCGCAUAUUCGUUAUCAAGUGGGCUAUGCCAUGGCAGAGAGGACGUUUGCCACGCAAGAAGAAAUCUAUGUGUUUCUGCGAUGUGUUUCUGAUGCGCUAAGCAAGUACGCGGCAGCUACUGGCCAUAUCAAGUGGCGGGAUGCUUCAAGUAAAGGCUUCCUCGAGGAUGGGUCCGUCUUGCCGCCACAGAUACUGCGAUUAUGGCACUCUGCGCCGAGCCCGCACGUGCUAGAUCCAAAGAACAUCAUGGACAUUGCGAGAGAGCGCUUCACAGCCGCCGAGAACGAACUCGAGAUGUUGCAGACUCAGCCAGAGUACGCCGAGCGAAGGAUUGAGAGCUUGAGCGGUAGCAAAGAAUUUGCUCUGGAAACAGCGAGUGGUAAGUGGCUCACCCUGUGCCGUCGACUGUGGCAGCAUCAGGUAUAUCGCGCUCAAUCAUGGGAUGCCAUUACAAUCAAGGCCAAGACACUCGCAAAUACACUGAAAUCUUUGGAAGAUACGUGGGACCGCCGCCCUGACUCAACUCCACCAGAAAUAUAUUUGGCAGCAGCUGAGGCUCUGAAAGAUGCUACUUUGUGGGCCUUGAUUGAAGCGGAGAAAGAGCUCAUAAAACUUAUCCAGCGUCAAAAGCGGUUCGAAAGGCACAAUAUGUACAAAAGAGCCACCGCUACCACCCACGUGGACAUAACCACUAAGCACUUCACAAAGCUUGGAACUGUGAAAGUCGAACCCCUCACCCGCUCUGACUUUGAGGCAGAUCCCCUUCUGUGGACUUUGACUUGGGCUAGCGGCAUGCCUGAAAAUGACAACAGGCUUUAUCCGUUGGAUUCAGUUGCGUAUGCGACAUACCUCCUGGACCAUGAGAACGAACAUGAUCGUGUAGACGCCUCUUUCACUGGUCUGAUUGAUGUCAUAGGUGACCUCGCGGCAAUACAAGAUAUCCUGCAGGGAUUCGAUGCCAGUCGACCUUGUGCCUGGGUCGCACCUGCAGAUGAGAAGAAGAGAUUGGAACUACGAAAACUGCUUCAGGUCAGUGGCAUGCUCAGUCAUAACGAAUCUCGGAUCACGGGACAAUUCCGCAAUCUAUAUGAAGAUUGUGUCGCCGACAUUGAGAAAAACACAUCGUACGAUAGAUUAGACAUGACAGAUGCGAAACUAUCCCCGGCGGCCGUACGACUUCAGGCGUUUUGCGAGAAAGCGCCUUGGCCAAGAGGGGUUACCGAUGGCGAGGAACGGCUGCAAGAGCAGUCCAUCGCACAUCGUGCCUUGAGGGAGUUCUGGCAAGCGUUACGCCAAGCGCGACUGGAGCAGAUGAGGACCAACAACAAGAAAAAGACCCCGGCGUCGCGGGUGAGCCCGGAGGGCAUUGAUGGCUGUCUAGAGGCUCGACUGCUUAGCAAGUUUAAGGGAGAUGCUUAUCUGGAGCAGAUCCAAGAUGAGAUACGAGAACUAUCGCAGGACAAAGCCAGAACACUUAUGCGACGAAAAUUAAGAGCUGAAGCCGCUGUCAAUGCGAAAGCCGUACUAGCACCACGCACUGAAGGAGCGGCUACAAGCCCAAAAAACACUCGCAUAGACAAGAAGAAGCGGAAAAGGGAUAAUAAGAAAGAUCGGACACAACAGCAAGAUGCGGCAUUAGCUCUCAUUCGGGAGAUGGCGCCACGUUGGUUCGAGGACGAAGAAGACAACAAUGACGUUGAUGAGCCGGCGAUUGAGGAUGAGAUACUGGAAGAGCCAGUCUCGCCAGGCGACCGGAUCCCUAUCAACAGAGCAAGUCAGGCUGUUCUCGGACGAAUCUUCCGUAAGGAUCAGACUGCUUUCAGGUGGCAAGAUUUUGUGGCGGCGAUGUACGAUGCUGGGUAUAGUGUGACUAGUGUCGCUGGCUCGCAUCACAAGUUUGUCAAAGCAGAAGGUAAAGGAAAGGGGAGCAUCAUAGUACCUAGGCCGCACAAUCACGCAGCAGCGAUGGAAGACUGGAACAUCAGGCCGUUGAAGACUAGAUUGACGGUCGACGUACAUUUAAGAUAUCAGUCUUUCGAGCUCAGAGGGAAGAGAAGGUCGAGGUGA